AUGUCCUUCAAGAUUCUUGUUCUGGUCUAUCUGCUAGCGGUUUUGGCUUAUGCUCAAGAGACCAAUUUCGUGUACAACGGUUUCCAAACAGAUGAUCUGAGCCUUGAUGAGGUGGCCGGGAUCACCCCCAAUGGCCUCCUGAAUCUGGGCUACGACACCAAACAGCAGAAGGGCCCCGCCUUCCAUUCCUACCCAGUCCAGUUCAAGAACUCUCCGAACAGCUCCGUAUUCUCCUUCUCCACCCCGGUCGUCUUUGCCAUCCGACCUCAGUUUAAGACUCUGAGCGGCCAUGGGAUCGCCAUCGUGGUCGCCCCCCAGAGAGGCCUCCACGGGUCCUUGCCGAGCCAAUACCUCGGCAUGUUCAACCAAACCAGCAACAGCAACCCCACCAAUCAUGUGUUCGGGUUGGAACUCGACACGAUCCUGAGCAGCGAGUUUCAGGACAUUAACGAUAAUCACGUCGGGAUUGACUUGAAUGGGUUGACAUCAGUAAAGUCAGCUCCAGCGGGGUACUAUGCAGAUGGGGGCAAGUUCAAGAACUUGACUCUAAUCAGCGGUAAAGCAAUGCAAGUUUGGGUGGACUACGAUGGCACGGAAAAGCAGAUCAACGUCACAUUGGCCCCGAUCAAUGUACGAAAGCCAAAGACUCCCCUUCUGUCUCUUACACGGGAUUUCGCAUCGAUUAUCAAUGAGAACAUGUAUGUCGGCUUCUCGUCAUUGACCGGUUGGGUCGUGACUUCUAACUAUGUUCUGGGUUGGAGCUUCGAGGUAAAUGGCAAGACUCCGGCACUUGCCCUGUCCCAACUUCCUAAGCUUCCUCAGAUCGGUAAAAAGCAGACGUCGAAAGUGCUGACAAUUGGGCUACCAUGGGUGGUUCUUUUCGUCAUAUCAAUGCUGAUCUUGAGCGUAGUUUACGUGAUGAGAAGGAAACGGAAAUUUGCCGAGGUGCUCGAAGAUUGGGAGAGGGACUAUGGCCAACACCGGUUCAACUCCAAAGAUCUUUACAUUACGACAAAAGGAUUCCGGAGCCAAGAGCUAUUAGGGACCGGUGGGUUCGGUCGGGUCUAUAGAGGAAUCUUACGCACAUCGAAGAUAGUGAUCGGGGUGAAGAGGGUCUCCCAUGAAUUGAGACAAGGCAUGAGAGAAUUAGUAGCAGAGAUCAUCAGCAUCGGUUGGCUCCGUCACUGCAAAAUAGUGUCGCUCCACGGUUACUGCCGCCGAAAAGCGGAGUUGCUCUUGGUUUGCGACUACAUGCCCAAUGGGAGCCUCGACAAGUACUUCUAUAACCUGUUGGUUGUUUGUUUGUAA